GUAGCUGCUGACUCAGAAAAAAAGCAUUCAUAUUUCAUGUCCAAAGGAAAAUGCAUCUUCCAAGUUUUUGGCACCAUGCACUACUUUUUCCAGAAUUCAUACAAAGAGUAUAACAUGCCUGGACAUUUCCAGUGGAGGAGGCCUUGGUGUGUCUUCUAGUGCUGAUGGGAGCAUGAAGAUCUGGCAGGCUUCCAAUGGAGAGCUCAGAAGAGUAUUGGAAGGACAUGUGUUUGAUGUGAAUUGUUGCAGGUUUUUCCCAUCAGGCCUUGUGGUUCUGAGUGGGGGAAUGGAUGCCCAGCUGAAGAUCUGGUCAGCUGAAGAUGCUAGCUGUGUGGUGACCUUCAAAGGUCACAAAGGAGGUAUUCUGGACACAGCCAUUGUUGAUCGGGGGAGGAAUGUACUAUCUGGUUCUCGAGAUGGGACAGCGCGACUUUGGGAUUGCGGGCGCUCAGCCUGCCUGGGAGUCAUUGCAGACUGUGGUGCUUCCAUCAAUGGAGUGGCUGUGGGUGCUGCCGACAAUUCCAUAAACCUCGGCUCCCCUGAGCGGAUGCCCAGUGAACGGGAGGUUGGAACAGAAUCAAAAAUGCUGCUGUUGGCCCGGGAAGAUAAGAAGCUUCAGUGCUUGGGACUCCAGAGCAGGCAGCCGGUAUUCCUCUUUAUUGGCUCAGAAGCCUUCAACUGCUGUACGUUUCUCUCUGGCUUCUUGCUGUUGGCUGGGACACAGGAUGGAAACAUUUAUCAGCUGGACGUGAGGAAUCCAAGGGCUCCAGUACAAAUCAUCCGUAGAUCAGGAGCACCCGUUCUGUCCCUGCUGAGUUUCAGAGAUGGCUUCAUUGCUAGCCAAGGUGACGGAAGCUGUUUCAUUGUCCAGCAAGACUUAGACUAUGUCAUUGAGCUCACGGGGGCCGACUGUGACGCCGUGUACAAGGUCGCCACAUGGGAGAAGCAGAUCUACACAUGCUGUCGAGAUGGUCUCGUGCGACGCUAUCAACUUUCUGACCUCUGAUUCCUUGGAAAGAGGUGUCCCAGUUAAUGAAAAAGACUGACCCUGAUCAACAGUGAGCAGAAACCUCAUCGGUCCUUUCCAGGGACCAUGUCCUGGGCAUCCUGUGCAAGUCACAGAAAGUCAGCUACGUUGGCCAUGUGGGACUGCCAUUCCAUGACGAGACUGACUUUGAACUGAGUAAGAAGCUCACAUGUACUCGCUGCAUCUGCCCAACUUCUUGUAUAAACUCACCCCAGCAACACAGGUUAUGGAUUGCUCGUAGAUUGAUCUCAAACCAGUUGUGUUAAAUGUUUACAAAGACCAGUGGACUAAAAUCUGUUCUCUGAAGGAAAUAAAGAAUGUUUGGAAGAGACUAAAUUUGAAAAACUUUGUUAAAUACUCUUACUCCAGCAAAAAGUCAGUCAAGCUGUUGAAACUCCUUUCUCAGGCACUUCUGUUGGCCUGGCCAUAGAGGACUGCUUGACCGUAGCAGUAAAUAUCCCAUGAGCAGCAACCUGGGAAAGAUUUUCAUACAGGUAGGGUAACUGACCGUCCCAGUUUUCCUCGGACUGAGGGGUUUUCUGCUGCAUGGGACUUUCAGUCCCGAGCGAAGUGACAUGGUUGGUCGGCCUGUAUACAGAUGACGAAGUUGAUUCCUGUCAUUGUCAAGGCAGUGGCUGUUAAAGUGUGGCCCCUGGAACAGCUGCAUCACUGUCACCAGGGGACUUGUUAGAAAUUCUUGGGCCCCACCUCAGAUCUAAAUCAGAAAUUCUCCGAGUGGGGCCCACAGUCGGUAUUUUAACCAGCCUUCCAGGUGAUGAUGGUGUAUGCUAAAGAUUGAGAUGUAGAGAAAGAGAUGGUAAAGGACACUUUAGUCGUAGGGGGAAGCCAGGGUUCAGGAUGACGAGGCUGGUGUGUGGAGAGGAAGCUGGAGAGAUUGGCAGGGCCUGCGUAGUGAAGGGGCUGCAUGCCAGGUAAGGAGCUUGAGCUUCACUUGGGUGGCAGUGGGGAACCAUGGAGUUUUUAAGCAAGGGUAUGACAUGGUCACCUCUUUUUAUCUCUUAAACAUAAAAACGAAACCAUAAUGUAUAUAUUCCAUGGUUUAUUUUCACUUAGUAUCUGAGUUCUUUCCAUCUCAGUACAUUUAGACCUUCCUUGUUCUUUUUAACAAUUUCCAGAGCAUGAAUACCACAUUAUUUACAUUUUAGAGAUUAUUAGAGAAAAGGGUUCCUGAAGCAUGCAACAUUUGAGCUGGGCCAUGUAGGCUGAGAUCUGGAUUUAUUUAAGGGAAGAAGGUAAUUCCUAGCUGGGCUAAUAAUAUGGUUCACAGAGUUCUUAAAGGUAUAUUCUCAUGUAACCUCUAUUACUACGCUGUGAUGUAUAGGUAGUGAGACUCAAGGUGAAGUGAUUUGCCGAGGGUUGUAGAGAGCAGGAACUUGAACUUCAAAUCCCAUUUUUUUCUACCUAUUGUUUACCCCUAAACAAAAUUGUGAAAAUAAAGUACUAUAAUUCACUGAGUAGCUACUGGGUUAUCUACUCUGUCCUAGGUACUAUACUUAUAUAUUUAACCUUCACAACAUUGUUGAAAAAGGAAAUGAAAUUAUUCCUGUGUUACAGAUAAGGAAACUGAGGCUCAAGAAAUUAAGUACCAGAGCCUUGAUUUGGACUUUGUUCAGUCUGUCUCCAAGGCCUGUGCUCCUUCCACUACACCAUGUGGCCGUGAGACCUCUGGAACUAGAGCAGUUUCAUUUAAGGAGUGAUUUGUGAUAGGGUCAGGUGACCCAAAAGGACAUAUUCCAGAGCUCAGAAACAUUGACUACUAGGAUGUCUGGUGGGUAAUUCUAAGAAGUAAGAUUAAGAAAACAGGAUGAGGGAGGAUGUGCCUGAGUUCAUUGCAUGGCAGCUGUGUUUCCAGGACUCAGCCUUCUCCGUUGUCAUUACAUUCGGGGCUCAUGCCCCUUUUCAUAGGUCUCCUGGUUGUGAUGGAUGCAGUGAUCCCCGACAGCUGCUGUGAAAUCCAGGCGCAAACAGAAGGAGCAAAGGCUAGAUCUCAGGUGCCCUUUUAAACCCUUGUCUACUGUGAAUGGAAUAAUCCGUCUGCAGCAGACAAAGCCUGUUUUUCGUUUGGUUUAAGGAGUGCAUUCUGGGUAAGGAAGGGUGGACAACCCCCACCCGCAGCAGCACAGGCCCUGUGAGCUCUGUACUAAACCUUGUUUCUUGGUUUUCAGAUGCCCCCCUGUGGCUUCUGGUGAGAAGUGCCCCUGUUUCUCAAGCUGGCAGUGGCAUCAGCUUCUGAGCUCAGUCUUCACAAUACCUUUGCAAAAUAAAGGUUUCUUUUCUUUUUUUUUCUUUUUUUGAACAAGUGUCUGUAGAUAUAUUUUAUAUUUUUUUCUAAUUUUUCUUUUGAAAUAAUUUCAAACUUGCAGAAAAGUUCAAGACUGGUACAAAGGAUUCCAAUGUAUCCCUACCCAGAUCUCCUCCCAGUUAACUUUUCAUUAC